AUGUUGGCAGCACUGGCGACACUGUGCCAGUGGGUGGGCGCUGUGGCGCUGGCGUCGCUGCUGGUCUGGUUUUUAGGCGUCGCCCUGGCCAAGCUGAGGCCUCAGCAGCUAUUGGACCGCCUUCCGUCGCGUGCUGUCCUCAUCACAGGAUGCGACUCUGGCUUCGGGCACGAACUAGCACGCCGUCUGGACGCGUUGGGGGUGCCGGUGUUCGCGAGCUGCCUGUACCCCGAGGGUCCCGGCGCGCGCAAACUCGCCGCAGACUGCUCCUCCAGGUUGCGCGUGCUGCCGCUAGAUGUCACCUCAGACCAGUAG